UAGCCUCUUCAUCAUAUCCACAACCGCCACAAUGUUAUCAAUUAUCAUUACCUCCACCUGCCCACCAAUUUCAAGACAUGUCCAAAGCACCAAACCUACCUGCACAAUGCCCUUCUUGUCAUCUCAUUCUGAACCAAAUUUUAUUAAAGGACUCUCUUCUCGCCCAAUACCAAAAUGUUUCUACCAUGAAAGACAACCUUAUCAUGACGCAAAGGGAAUUAAUUUAUAACUUGAUGAAAUUUGUUGGCUGUGAUCUCAAAGAAGACUCCAGUAUUUAUUCGGUGACCGAAGGGUUUGCUCGCAAAGAAGUGGAUUUCGUGAAAUCUGUCAAUCGAAUGAUUUGUGGCAGCAGUUGGCAAGGUCAAAAUCGAAGGAGGUUUCAAAAUAGAACCAGAUCUCAUUUCAACA